GGCGACGACUGCGGCGCAGCGGAGACAUUAUUUAGAAAUGUACAUACACACACACACACACGAGCGGUUGCGCGAUAGCUUCCUAUAGCGGAAGCUCUAUCCGCUUCUCUUCUCGCUGGUGUAUACUGUUAUCCGUGAAAAAAAAACCAUACGCGUGCCGUAGUCUCCGGAUACGAGUUAUUCAACGCGCGCACCUCGUGAAAUAUCGCUGUGACAUUAUGCGCAAUAUGCAAUAUUCAACGUUUAUUUCCUCCGUCGACUCGAGAGCUUCGUUAAUUAAUUACCUCGGCAGCCGCGCUCGCCUUCGUGUGUGUAUAUAUAUAUGUGUGUGUGUGUGUGUGUGUGUAUAUACAUGAAUGAAUCGUCCUUCCUCUCCGCACAGGUGAACGGUGCGCACACACACACACAUGCGCGCUUGCGGCAUUCCUGCUCUCGGCAUUUUUUUCAAGCAACAAUAUAUACGCACACAACCGAGAGAGAGAGAGAGAGAGAGAGAGAGAGAGAGAGAGAGAGAGAGAGAGAGAGAGAGAGAUAGUUGGCGCGUGUGCGCAUGCAGUCUCUCGCAGGUAAAUUUGUAGGCCUCCUCUCUCGCAGCAGCAUCUACAGAUCGCUUUUCCCCCACUACACCAGCAGCAGCAUCAGCAUAUAGCAUUACUGUACACCUCGUGAAAGAGAGAGAAGACGGCGAGGAGCUGCUGCGUGUUGUUUGUAGGUGAAAAGGAGGCGAGAGAGUGAGUUGUGCCGAGAGAGAGAGAGAGAGCGCAGGAGGGGGUAGAGUGUGUAAGCCUGGUGGGGGUAUAUAGUGUAUACACCGAAAGGGACGGCUACAGUUCUGUGUGAGUGGAGAGAGAGAGAGAGAGAGAGAGAGAGAGAGAGAGAGAGAGAGAGAGAGAGAGAGAGAGAGAGAGAGAGAGAGAGAGCGGUAGUGGGGGCAGCCAUUCAUAGUUUGCUCCGGUCCGUAGCUCUGGAGCUCCGAGUCGGCAGUCGUCAGCGUGCUAUCUGCUGCCCACGUUGUCUUGCGCCUGCCGCUCCCCUAAGAGUCGGACAACACCGCCACCGCCGCCGCUGCUCUGCAGGUAUAUUCACCGGAGUGUCUCCCCUGCUGAAGAUGGACUUUAAUUGACGAGCGCAGAGAGAGAGAGAGAGAGAGAGAGAGAGAGAGAGAGAGAGAGAGAGAGAGAGAGAGAGAAACGUCUGACACGCUUACACCCUCUUUUACACCCGACGCAGAACUCUCGCACGCACGUACCUGCAGCGACGAGUAUACGAGGGAUAUUACGAAUUAAAACUCGAUAGAGAGACCGAGUGCCGCGUUGUGCGCGUAUACAGCUGACUCGCGGCGCAAGCUACAAACGGUAUAAACACGCAGACACACGUACGAACGCACAUCAGGAUGAGGUUAGGAAGGACGAUGGAGGUGGCCCAGCUGUGGCUGCUGACGAUGGCGUUAAGCCUGACGAGGCAGGUGUGUUCCGCGAGCGACAGCCUCCUGGGCAUGGAGUUCGACGACGAGACCGGCGAGGAGCUGCUCAAAGCGCUCGUGCCCUCGACGUCCUCGCUCUCCUCGGGCGUCAACGUCGACAACAGCAUCGUCGCCGAUCUCCAGCUACUCGGGGAUAUGCCCGACACGACGAUCGUGCUGAUCGGCGACCAGAAGAAGGAGACGAAGAAGGAACCCCUCGUCGUUUAUCAGAUAGGCAGCGAGGCGGACCUACCCGAAUGUCAGGACAAAGCUGAGGUCUGCAGCAAGGUCGACCUUUACGGUGACCCCUGGGUCGAGCGUCAGUGUCGCUGCCCGUCCGGCAGGACCUGUUCCCGCAGCCUACACGCCGACGACGGCCACACCAUCGUCGACAAGACCCGCCAGUACAAGCUCUGCGAACCGGUCAAGCGCCUGCCCGUCUGCCGCUACUUCAAGGACGUAACGUGGACGAUCGCCCCAGGCGCCGGCCCGAGAAACUCGACCGUCCAGAAGAUGCACUGCAGGUGUCGGCCGGGCAGCGUAGCCUACCUCGUCAAGAGGCACCACCACAUGCUGCCCAGCGGAAAUCCGGCCUUUAUCUACUCGUUCGCCUGCUCUCCCCAAAGCAGGAUGCGCUGCCAGCCCAAAGAGCCCUGCAGACUGUUCACGGUCCACAAAAAGACGAACUCGCCGCUGGAAGACGUGAACGCCUCGCCCCUGUGCCAGUGUCCGAAGGCUCACAGGUGUCCGAGGCGACACACGGAUCCGGGCUCGCUACCCUCGAGCUACUACGGCGACAGCCACGGGGUCAAGAUCUACAGCGGACACUGCGUACCGGUGCGCCACACGAACGAGCCGGUCUACACUCUCGUCAAGUGAUUCCCUUCGAGCAGGACGAGAGAGAGAGAGUACCACCAUCGUUGUAACACAUUCCUAAUAUAUUUAUAGAUAUAUUUAUAUAUAUAUAUAUACCCCCAGAUAGUCUUCCAGGCCCGAGGCGUUGCCCUUAUUACUUUGUUGUCGCGACACGCCAGGGCCUCAUCGAUGUCCAGACUGCGAGAGAGUGCGACUACGUGUGUGAGAGAGAUUUUUGUUUCGAAUGCCUGCCGCGAGCGCGUGCCGGUGACGCGAUGUUCUUCAUUAUUCGCAGAAUUAUUAUUAUUAUUAUUAUUAUUAUUGUAUUUAUUAUACGCUUUCGUACCCGCGGGGAGGCGAGGGGAGGGGGGGACACGCGCGCGCCACCCCCUCGCCUCUUUUUAGCCGCCCACAACAAUACACGAACGAAAGACACCAACACACAGCGAAGCUGCUGCUUUUAUCGAGCGAGCGAUCAUUAUUAUUUCGAUUAUUAUACGUUAUUAUUAUUAUUAUUAUUAUUAUUAUUAUUAUUAUUACUGCUACUAUUCUUAUGAUAAUCAUCAUCAACAUUAUUACUUCUAAGAUCAUCGUUAGUCGAUGCGAGAGAGCGUUCGUUAUCGUGACUGGAGCUUAAUACUACUGUAUAAGCACCUCGUCCUCGCAAAAAUACAUAACGAAACAAAAUGAGACACGAAAGAUAUGUUACCCGCGUAUACGUAUACCCCCGCAGCAGGGUAUACAAGUUUGUACUUUAUACAACGACGAGUUGAAGCGCGAUGAUACGUAGGCGAGGAAGACGAUGAUUAGACACGAUGAGGGAGUCCUUUAUAACCAAGUACAAAUUGCUUAUAUUCCUCGCGAGAGAUUAUACAAAGCGUCGCAAGGUCGAGGAUGUGAGAGGAGGUAGUAUAGUUUAUUAUUAUUAUUAUUAUUACGAUGAUAGAUCGAUAUUUAUAGACCUUAUGGAGACGCGCACGCGCCAUUCCGACAAUAUUAUAUCGUGUAUUGUUAUCGUAUGUCCCGCGAUAUGUUUUAUAGAGAGAAAAUACCUGUUCAAAGGUAGAAAUUAUCGUUGAAUUUGUAUAGAGAUACCUGUGUAUAGUUAAUUAUAUUUUCUAUGAUGAUUUAACGAUGAAUUUUUUCAAAUUUUAUCUCGACUCGCCUAGGAGACGUAGUGGCCAAUCUUCACGCGGCCAACGUUGAUACACUCGUUAUUAAUUAUUAUUUUCUAUUAUUGAUAAUAUUAUUAUAUUGGUUUUCCCCCCUGAUACGUUGAUGUACGCAAUUUUAUCAUUCCCGUUUACGUCGAUAAACAGUAAACCGUUGCGACUGCUAUUAUUAUUAUCACGUGUGAGCACCUAGUCGAGAUACGCCGUUUCGAUCGCCUUAUACUAUACUUCUUAUUUCAAGCUGUAAACACGACGAAUCUCGACUGAGUCACAUCAUCAUUUAUAUUUAUUAUUAAUAUUAUUUUAUUUUAUAAUUAUAAUUAAUAACGUAUAUUAUCGAUUGAUAAGAACUAUUAUUGUAACUAUAUAAAUCACAUCAUGAAUCAUUACCAUUGUGGAAUCGACGUUAUACAAGUACUGUUACGUGUAUAUUUAAUCGAUUUACAUUAUAUUUCUCAUGCCAUUCAACUGACGACUGUAAAUAAUCGAAAGAAUGAAAAAUUAAAUUAAGAUACUGCGUUACAAUUACUAUUGUACCAUUAUUAUUAGCGACUGCGAAACGAUAUUGAGGAUGGUCGAUUUGAUAUCGGCAUUACAUGUUUGAAUGAUUACAUUUUAAUAAAAUAUAUCACGAUGCUGUUAAAA